AUGACUGGUACCCGCUCUUCAACUAGCCAACUAGUUGAAUUGGAACCUGAGAUUGAACAAAAACUUCGAGAAAUUCGUAGGAGACAAAAACAAGACAGAGAAAAGAAGAAUCAACAAGAAGAAGAAGAGAUGGCCCUUGUACUGAAUGAAACAAUGGGAGACCUUGAUAUCCCAACAAUUCCGACAUCACCUUCAAGCAUCGUUCUCCCUGCAGCUGCCAGGAAUUAUGAAUUGAAAAAUAUUCACUUUAAUAUGAUGCCUUCUUUUCAUGGUUUAAGUUCUGAAGAUCCUUUAGCUCAUAUUAGAGAUAUUUUUAACAUGGUUUCUAACAUGGCUUUGACAGAGGGAGUCACUGAAGAACAUCUCAGGAUGAAAGUCUUUCCCUACACAUUGAAAGAUAAAGCAAAGAUGUGGCUAAACUCCUUACGGCCUGGAUUAUUGACUAGCUGGACAGAGGUACAAAACAAGUUCUUGGAGAAGUUCUUUUCGACUCAGAAAACUGAUGCACUACGGGAUAAAAUCAUGCAAUUCAGUCAACAGGCCGAUGAGUCAUUUUCAGAAGCGUGGGAACGUUUCAAUAAUUUUUUAAUACAGUGUCCUCAUCAUGGUUUGCCUACUUUAGUUCUCAUGCGUAUUUUUUAUAAGGCACUACGCGUUUCGAGUAAGGCUGCAGUGAAUAACUAUGCAGGUGGAUCUAUUAAGAACAAGACGCCAACUGAAUGUCAAACCUUGUUUGAUACGCUAGCAAUCGAAACACAGCAUUCUGAUACAAGAGGUAAGCGUGCCGGAAUUUAUGAAAUUGGUAGUUCUAAUGCUUUUGCUUCUAAAGAGCAGGUUGACGCUAUAACUAGUAAAUUGGACGCCUUGCUUGCUAUGAAUGGGAGAGCACCAACACAAGAGAUUUGCUCCAUUUGUGCUGUUCCCGGUCAUGCCACCAUAUCGUGUCCUCAUGGAGUUGAUUUUCCAGAAUUUUUGCAAGAACAAGCCAACAUGGUGAAUACCUAUAGACGUCCCGGCAAUGAUCCAUUCUCCAACACAUACAAUCCGGGAUGGCAAAGGCACCCCAAUUUUUCAUGGAGCAAUAAUCAGAACGUACAAAAACCACCAGGUUUUCAACCACAAGAGAAGAAAAAUAACUUGGAAGACAUAAUCGCACAACUCGCCACAAAUACAAAUCAAUUCAUGAGCAAGACUGAGACGACCCUACAAAAUCAAGCCGCUUCCAUUAGAAAUUUAGAAGUUCAAAUGGGUCAAUUGGCGAGUGCACUCACGCUCACUUUUAAUAUAAAACUUAUUCUUUCUCUAAAGCUUUUGCCCAUUGUCCCCUUGCAAAUGAUGAAGCCUUGUUUUAAGGUAUAA